AUGGGCUAUCACAAAAUAACCGAUGAUUUGGAAAAUUCUGUCGUGCAACUCGCUCUGCUAGAUCUUUAUUCAACCGAAGUUCCACCAGUCCGAACAGUUGCUGAAACAUUGAGCAACUUACAAUCAAUUGGAUUUCCAUUGACCGACAUCGUAAUUGGAAAUGUUAUUCUUCUAUUCAAAUGGAGGUUAGCUGAUGUUGGGGAUAGUCUUAUUGAAGGCUUUUCUACCGCUCGGGAAUUAUCCAAGACGGAUAUACGUGAAAUGUGUCUGAUUCAAAUGCUCAACCCGGCAAGAACUCUUGAACAAUAUGAUGCACUGAAUUAUAUAAUUAACUCAGUUAACAAUCCCGAACAACAAAUUCUCUCUGCAUUUGAAAAGUACAAAAUUGUUGAAGAUGGAAACGACCCAUCACGUUCUCACGCAUUCCUUAAAUACUCACCAAUAGUAUAUCGAUACAUGCUAAGGUUCGGUGCACAGUCUCCGGUUGUUCAAUACUUGAUGAAAGAAAUUUUAAUGAUCCACGCACAACUUACUGAUACGGAGGAUGUGGACAA